UCUCUUUUAUCAAGCAUUUUUAAAUAUUUUAAUUUGAAAGAAUUGAAAACAAUAAUUAGAAAUAACAAUUGCAAACUUGUUGUGACAUGUUCAUGUAUUACUUUUUAAUGCUUUUUUUUUUAUAUAUUAAAAAAAUAAUCAUUUUAAUUUUUCAAGAUGCAACUAUGACUUCUGCCGCACCACUUCCACCUAUUAAAUUAGGCACCAGAGUGGAAGUAAUUGGAAAAGGGGUUAUUGGUACAGUAGCUUAUAUUGGAACCACAGUUUUUAGUCAAGGUAAUUACUCUCAAGUAUAUUUUUAAAGCUUUUUUAACUUUAAAAUUUUAAAAUAGAGUCAUGAGCUUUUCAAAACUAGGUAUAUUUACUGGUGCUAGAUAGUUUGUUGAACAUUUUUUAUUUUGUUUCUUGCAUAGGAAAGUGGGUUGGCGUUGUGCUAGAUGAGCCUAAAGGAAAAAAUAAUGGCACUGUUCAAGGAAAGACAUAUUUUACUUGUCCCGAUGAUUAUGGAAUAUUUGUCAGGCAGUCACAGGUAAGCUUUAUUUCAUCACCGAGAAGCUCCUGAGAUUUUGAUCUCUUUUAACUAAACUGUCAAAAAUAAUCAUCACAUUGAAAAUAUACUCUUAUUUCCUGAAAUAAAAAUUAUUGUAAAGACAGGUUCUUCUUAAAUAAUUAAUUGCUAAAAUAUUAAAAUUCUGGCAGUUUUCAAUCUAUUGAAUGCAUUAUUUUACCAUCACUUUUUAUAAUACGUUUUGGGGCUGAUAUGCAACUCAGCAUGUACUUAACCUGCUGGGCAAUGUUGUAUUACUUCUCCAUGUAAACUUUGGGAUCCAACGCACCUUCCUUCCCUAGCACAGAGCAUUCUUCCAGCAGGUGUCAAAAGUUUCUAGUGAUUGGGAACAGUGGGAAAGGUUGAACCCCAUUGCAGAAUUAAUCUGAAGAAGUAGCUCAGAGUCGGACAGUGUUCGGUCCUCAUCUGUAUCACCAAACAUGGAUAGCAAAUUUGUAUAUGCAUAUUCUAUUUGUAUUGCACCUAGCAAUUUACAUCAAAUGAAUAAGUUGGAAGCUUAAUGAAGCAGUAUCUGUGGAAAACAUCUUAAAUUAAAGCUUGUAUUAUUUGUGCAGAUUACUCCUUUGGAAGACCAAGAGCCUGUUAAAGAGCCAUCACCACCUUCUGUUGCUGCAACCCCAAGGCCGAGUGCAUUACGUCCUCCUGCCUCAAACAAUCGUCCUGUGAGUACACCAGCAACAGCUGGCAAAAGGUCUGGCUUGCGACCUCCAGGAUCCAUGACCAAAAGUAAAAUUAAUUACAUUUUACCUGUCAUUUUUAUUAAAUUUAUUUACUAUUAAUUUGCUUUGCAUAUCUUGUUUCAUUUAGUAUUUUAAAACUUUCAUUUAUUUCCAGCUAUUUACUGUAAAGUAUAAUAAAAUAUUAAUACCUCACUUUUAUUUGAUCACUUUGAACGUUAAAAUAUUUGAAAAUUAAUUCAAAUAAGAACAAUUAGGUAAGAAACAAUUUAAACAUGUCUAAAUAUUAAGGAAAGAAAGACAUCAAGAAUUUUUUUUUCAGUCCUUAAUAUAUUUAAAUUGGUCACUUUUAAAUUCCAGGCAUUAAGUCAAAAAGGGAGCUACAUUAAAUAUCCUUAAACAAUGCAAACACAAAAUGAUUAGACAUAUUUUUUACUGUGAUUGAAUUGAGUUCCAGUUUUUUUAAAUUGUUUAUAGUUAUUGUGACAUUCUCUUUAAAAUUGUGAUGCAGAUGCAGACAUAAUGCCGAUAGUCUUCAAAUUAUUUAUGCCAUCAUUCUAGCACUUUUUUUUCCCAUAAUUAUAUUUUUUUACUAGUAAAACUUCUCUGUGUCACAAUUUUAAAUUGCUUGCCAAUUAUUGUUCACUGAACAGUUUUAUGCUCUUGGUGUUUUAAAGGAUAUCGUUACUUUUUAGGCACUGAAAGCCUUGGGGGUGAUACCCCUGCACAAGUGGCACCUGAGGCUAAGCCAAAAGUGCCACCAGAAGUUGCAGCCACACCUGCUUCAAAACUGACGAGGCUUCCUCGUGGGAGUAAGGAGCUUGCGCCCGCUGAUGAUAAAGCAAAUGGGACAGGCCAAGAACAAACUGGAGCUGCAGCUGGAGCUGCAGCUGUAGCUGCUGCAUCACAGAUGAAAGCAUCAGUAGAAAACUUAGCUAUUCCAUCCCCUCAUGCAUCACAGGUGACAUUAACAAUGGGAAAAAUUCAAACAAUAUCUAAUGUAAAAAAUAAUUAAAUACUUUGGGUAUUUAUUUUUACUUGAUCAUUCUGUAUCUAAGCACUAAAUUUUGUUCAUCAGUAUGCACCUUUAUAAACAUUAAAAGAUCAGCAAGAUAAUUUUUUUCCACCUUCCAGAUGAAUUUGAGCCAGUUGAGUGCAAUGUCUAGCUCUCAGUCAUCUAUAGAUGAGCGAUUGACCAAUGUCCAACAACAGCAGGAGAUAGAAGGGCUUAGGCUUGAAGUCAAGGAUCUCAAUGAAAAACUGGAAACACUGAAAAUAAAGAGAGCUGAGGAUAAAUCCAAGCUUAAAGAGUUUGAAAAGACAAAGAUUCAAUUGCAACAGGUAAAAAGUUUGUUUAAAUGUUAGCAUUUGUGAAACUGUUUCAGUUUGAUCAUAAUUUACAAGAACUUUAUGGUAAUAACUUUUUAUCUUUUAGCUUCAAGAGUACAAGUCUAAAAUGCAGGAAACUCAUGCAGAUCUUCAAAGGCAGUUGCAACAAUCAAAGAAGGUAAAAGUGAAUAGUCCUUGCUUUUGUUAUAAAUUUAAUGAAUGCUUAAAUAUUAUUUUUCAACCAAGACACUCACAUGUAAGGUGAUAAGAUGUAUGUCCUUUUCUUAAAAGAACUAGUUUUAGCAUCUUCAAAUUUGUAUGUUAACAUUCAAGAUUGUGUACAUUUUUGUGUCCAUGGUCUCAAUGAAGAGGGUUAUCUGAACCGUCCAUUGUUUUUAAAAAAAUGACAAUAUUGGUCAAUUGUGACUAACAGUGUAUGACUAUGGGAACAUUUGUGACCUAGUCAUGUUCAGAGACCCAUAAGUAAAUAGGACUUUGGUUGGGUAGCUAAAUGAAAUUGAGAUAUUACAGAAUAUUCUCUUAUUUAUUUUAAUAAUUUUAAUUAGUUUUUAAUAAAGAAAAGAUUACCUGCAAUUUUUGUUCACUAUCCCAGGAACUGACUGAAGUUCAACAAGAGUUUGAAUCAUAUAAAGAAGAAAUGGCAGAUGUUACUGAAACUGUUGAGAUGGCAACCUUGGAUAAAGAGAUGGCCGAAGAAAAGGUAAUCUUUAGUAAAAAUUUAAACAGGAGCACAUCGAUAAACAAAUAUAUUAUUAUAAAAUUACCUUUAUUCAUUAAUGUGUAAACACUUUAGAAUUGCAUAUUAAAUAAUGCAAAAACAAGUCUACUGAAUCAGUUUUAACAUUUCUUGUCUGCUUGUCUUUUAAGGCUGAAAGCCUGCAGUCAGAGCUGGAUUCCAUGAAAGAAAAGGCUGAAGAACUUACUUUAGAUCUAGAGCUUAUCCGAAAUGAGAUUUCUGAAAAAGGUAUUUUUCUAAGUUUUCUAUUAGUGUAAACAUAUUCUUUUCUUUAAUGAGUCAUUUAAUUUUUCACUAGUAAUUUGUAACAUAUUUUGUAAUGAAUUUAUAUAUACUUAUCAUAAAAAUGUGUAUAUAAUUUUUUUAGGGACAGAUGGAGUAGCAGCGACAUUUGAAUUGAAGCAAAUGGAACAACAGAAUGAAAGGAUGAAAGAUGCUCUUGUUAAGUGAGAGAUGCCUUUUUUAAAACUUUAAAAAUUCUUUCAUAUUUAAAAUUUUGAUUUCUUAAAUUUAAUAUGAGUGUUAGAUUGAAAUUUGAUACAAAGCAAUCAUCUUUAAAAUAUUUAAAAAAAUUAAAUGUGUGCUAUGUAAAUUUGUUCCUCUUUUGUUAAACUACAAUAUAGACUGCGCGACAUGUUAAAUUCUGAGAAGCAAGAUCAUCAGCGUAGUGAGAAGAUGGUUGAGAAGUUGGAAUCUGAGCUGUCAGUUCUAAGGAAAGAGAAAGAACGUCUCGGGAACCAGGUGGCGGUAUAUGAGAAAGAGUUGAUAGACUUGAAAGAACAAGUUGAUGCUGCUUUGGGGGCUGAAGAAAUGGUGGAACAAUUGACUGAAAGAAAUCUUAAAUUAGAAGAUGAUAUCAGAGAGAUCCUUGAAGAGAAAAAUGAUCUGGUAACUUAAGACUUUGAUUUAUUUUGUAGCCUCUAAAACACAGGUUCCAAAACUUUUUAACUACGGCCCCUUUUUAUAGAAGCAUAGUGACCCGUGGCCCCAAUAUAUUAAAACGAUAAUACGGUGAGAGAUAACAAAUCAAAAGUAAAUGCAGUAUUAUUAAAUUUUUAAAACUUUAUCUAGAAACCAAUAAAAAUAGAAAAUUUCCAUUAAAUAACUAAUUUUUUGCUAAAAAUAUCAUGCUGUCUUAAAAAUAUUCACUGAAAAAAAAUUGGAUAGACAAAAACUGAAUAAAAAUCAUUUGUCUUCUAGCUCCUCCCUCUCUAUAAACUAACAUUUUUUUUUUAUGAACUUUCAAUUUCUUUAUAUUUCUAAAAUCCAAACUUGGUCUUUGAAAAUGUCCAUUUCAUGUCUCGUUCUUACAAAUCCUUAUGUAAAUAUGUCUUUUAGGAAGCACUUAAUGACAUGAAUGAGGAACUGCAAGAAAAUGCCAAAGCAACGGAACUUGAACUCAGAGAGGAUGUCGAUAUGAAAAACAUUAAGUUGUUGGAGGUAUUAAUUCAUUUGUUUAUAGAUUAGAGCUUAUUAAUUUUUUCUUUGUGUCUAAGCUCUUUUCCUGUCAUAGUUUUAUUCCAAUUUUUAUUGAUAAAAUAGUUAAUUUUUUAAAUUCAUUAUUACACAAAGUCUAAAAUUCUGCUUAAAAUAUACGUAAGUCACAUCAAAUAAAGAUGUCUGCUAAAAACCCUUAAGUGAUAGAUUAUUAGAAAAUUGCAUUUGAUGGCUAAAAACAUAUUUGACCUUUGAACAGCUUCAGAGAAAGUUAGAUGGCACACAAGAAACAUUUGCAGAGUAUGACAAGACAUUGAACAAAUUCAGAGAGCUUGUAGCAAAUCUCCAGGUAAGACUGUCUGCAUUAGUGAACAGUCUCCCAUGAAUUUUUGUUGUUCUUCUUGGAAAAAUGUUUUAAUUCAAAUUUGCAAUAUAAAUAAUUCUGUACAUUUUCAUCUUGCGUUUUUUAUCUCUUGUUGACAAGUUUACCUGUUCUUAUUUCAUUAUUUCAAAAUUAUAACAAAUAAAAAGGGUUCAUAAAAUGAGUAUAACUUUACUAUGUGCAUUUUUUUUAUUAGGAUCAACUUCGCAGCAAACAGCAGGAGAGUGAAACUAAAGUGGAGACCCCAACUGUUGAGCUGAUGGAUUUCAAGACUAAAUUUGCUGAGACUAAAGCUUACGCCAAAGUAAGGAACCGAAAUGGAUUCAAUACUGAAAAUCACAAUUUAUUAAAAUUAUUAUUUAUAAUGGUUUCAAAAUAUUCCUGAAAUUCUUUUUUUAUUCUGCUCAAUAUUUUGUUAACAUUUUAUUGUUAUUUAGACCAUUGACAUGGAGUUGAGGAGAUUGGAUGUCCAUCAAGCUAAUUCUCACAUCAAGAUGUUGCUGUCUUUUAUGCCAGAAGCAUUUAUGGGAAGAGGAGGUAUGUGUGGCAUCUAUGAAAUGUUUGUUUUGUUUUUCUUGGUUUUUCCAUGGCGGACACAAAUUUUGUACAAUUUUUAGUCUACAGUUUUUCACAUGAUUACAUUAAUGGAUCUUGAGGUUAUUGUUAUGGAAAGAUUAUUUUUUUAAAAUUCUGAAUUCUAUCAGGUGAUCAUGAUGCUAUCUGUGUACUUCUUAUGAUACCAAGAAUCAUUAACAAAGCUGAGCUUCUGGCUUCUCAAGUUAAAGACAAGGUGAGUAACUUUUCACAUCAUGCUUGAGAGUCUAAGAAAAUAUAUCCAUUUUAAAAACUUAAAUUUAGCUUCUUAAAAAGUAAUUUGCCUUAAUUUAAACAAUUUUGAGGCACAAUAUAAGCUUCAAUGUCCAUCCUGAAAGAUUACCUGAGACAUUUUAAAAAUAAUGUAUUUAUGUCUUAGAGAUAUUUUUGUGUGUGCAUGUUUUCAGUAUGAGGUUGCAGAUAAAAUUGAGCGCGAUCAUGUUCUGAAAAAUCAUAAAGCAGAACAGUGCAGCUUUGCCCAUCACUUGAAUCUACUGCUCAAUAUUCUUCAUGGAACCAUGAAGCAGUACGAAAGGUGAAUUAUUUUAAGGCUUUAAAGUUUUGCAUUUGUAAAGUUUAAAAUAAAAUUUGAAUGAAAAACAUUUUGGAUGCUUUUUUUAUCUAAAAAUUUUAACUGUUGUAAAACAAAAGUUAUUAUUGUCUGUUUCCAGUGCUUUGAACAGUUGUAGCACUGAUCUGUUCCUAAAAAUAGGAACAUUACUUCCAGAGAUGUCUGCCCAUGAAAAAUCUGUGGAUUAUUUCAUAGAUCUUCUAAGAAAAGAUCAGGUAAUGAUGUCAUGAUCACAAAAGGAGAUCUAGGUUUUAAGAGAAUAUAAUAAAAAAAAAUUGUUUGCUAUAUCUCAAAAAUAAAAUAGCGUGGAGAUAAGUUAAUUACUCUAAGAAUAAAAAUUCUAUGUGCAUCAUAUAAUUUGUAUAUAGUUUUUAUGGAUAUCAAUUGUAUGUUAAAUGUUUUGCAUAAUUUAUGUAAAGAUAAGUUAGAAAAAUAGUUGGGGAGUAGUUUUUUAAAAAUUUAUUUAUUUUUCAAGGAUGUUUUUUUUACAUUUAUCAAUAAUUAAAUUAUAAUGAAAUUUCAAAAUGAAUGUUCCCACUAAAUAUAAGAUCAAUAAAACCAUCCUUGUACUUGAUAAAUAACCACUUGAAUAUGUUAUUCAGACAUAUUUUUGUUUCUUCUCUUUCCCAAAGUUGGAUGAAACAGUGUCUGUUGAUCUUUUGGAGAAAUCUAUCAGUUUCUUUCAGGUAAUUUUAUGUACAUAUUUAUUGCAGACCCAAAAUAUGGAAACCAUUACCGGUAAAUAAAAUGUGGUGCUGUUUUAUUUUAGCCGAAGGCCUGUUACUUAAAAAACAAAAUUUUCUUCAUCUGUAUAUUUUUUUAUUUUACAUUCAAAUUUUAAUUUUAUUGUCAAAAAGGCUUUUUCACAUUUAAAGGAUUAUUUUUACUGGUAUUUAUUUCCUUCAACACUUCAAUGGUUAGCCCAUCCUGUGUUAUAGCUUUUUAAAAAAACAAAACAUUAAUUAAAGGGAGCUUCCAUUUUGUAUCAAAAGAAUGCGAUCAAAGUAUUUUCUUAAUUUUUUUAAUGGUGAUUUUCAAUUAAGUUAGAGCUUUGAAAGUAAUAUCUCUCCUCAGCAACUAUACAAUGUGCAUUUGUCCCAUGAGCGUGUGGACUGCACACAUAUGAUGUCUAGUGAUGUACGCAUUGUUCUUAGUGCUUGUGAUGCGAUUUCAACUGAGAUUACCAGGCUCAAGAUUCUACUUUUGGUAAACAAUUUAGUCAUUCUUAAACAAAUUUCUUUAAACAUCAAACUUUUAAUUACGGAAAAACCUUUAUUUUAUUACUUUCUAUGUAUCUAGUUAGUUAACAUCAAACAAGUGCAUUUCAAAUUACAAAAUAUAAAAACAGCUUGAGAAUUUAUUGCAUUUACUACAUUACAGCCAGGACAAGAACAAAGUAAUUUUUCCAUUUUGUUGAAGGACCUUGAAACUUGCAACAAUGACACUCGAACCUGUGCAAGAAAGGUAAUGCUUGGUGGUUUUUAGUGCAGGGUAAUCUCAAAUUAUUUUUAAGGAUGUUUCAUUUGUGAAGUUUAAGCAUAUAUAUUUAUACCACAAGCCUUCUAGAUCUUAUGGAUCAAUUAAUUUUUAUCAGUGUUGGGAAAAGUUAGGGACACAAUUUGGAUAUCACCAGCAUUUAAACUCCAGCACUUCUGUUUCCUGGCUUGGUUUCUUUACUGUUAUCUCUAAGUCCUUUUGUAGGAAAGAGAGCAAGCUAAUCAUACAUUUGAAUAAGCAUGAUUUUAUUAUUGAUUCAUUGGCUCAUAUUUAUUACACUUAUUAUUUAUAAGAUCAAGAGAAGACUUCCACAAGAGGGAUCAGCUGCUGCUAAUCCUCUCAAGUUUGGAAAAGAGGUAUUUUAUUAGAAAAUAACACUACAAUUGUAAAUGGCAUCCCUAUCACUUUCGAAAAUUAUUUAAAUUGUAAAUUAGUAAAGAAAUUUUUUUUUAAUGAUUUACUCUUUGUCUCAAGAUCACUGCUCCUAUUUUUGAUUUUAAAUGAUGCUUUUGUUGGACAGACUAUGUCAUCAUCAAUGCAUUAAGACCAGUUUGUUUCAUUUCUUUUCUUAGCUAUUUGUUUUAAAUUAAUCUUAAUAAAAUAAAGAAUGAUUUCCCUUUGCUAAAUAUCGGGAUUUUCUUUCUUUCAACAUGUUUUUACAGAGAUUGAAAUGUUUAAAGCAGUUGUUUUGAUUAUCUAUUUAUGUUUGUCAAUUUGGUCCAACUGGUGAUCGAUCUAAUAAAGGUAGAAAAUAUUACAUUGAUGAACAAAAUUAUGAUGAUUCUGAGAGUGAUUUUAUGAUUUCGGAUGGACAGCCUGAUCUGAUGAAUUGUACGAUCCUAAAAGCAGUCGUAUUAAUAAAAUUGAUAAGUCAUCAACUAAUGAACCACCAACCCGCCCAAGCUAAAGUGUCUUAUGAAAGGGUUCCUGCUAUAAAUUACAUAAUGUAGAUUCUAAUUGGAAAGCUGCUGAUCUUGGCACUGAGUGCAAUUUCAGAUUUUCACCUUGAAAUACAAGGAGACCCGUGCAAAAAUGUUUUAUUAGCAACAAAUUGUUUCCAGUGGAAAUAGUUAAGUUUUUAGCAUGCUUUCCCUUUUAAUUCCAUACCAAACUUAAUAUUUUCUAAUGAAAAACAAAAAGGUUAUGAAGGUUUAGAGUUAACAUUGUAUUGAAUAAAAGAUAUACAAUAUAGAUAAUUCUAUUAGAAUAAGGAAAGUAAUUCUAGAGACAAAGGGUUAACAAUUUAUUUUUUACAAAUUAUGAUAUUGCGGUUUUUAUUAUUAACUACUUUUUUUUAAAACUCUGAUGAGAUGCUCUUAAGUUAUUGAUAAUUGUUUUUUCUUAUCAUACAAAGAUUCAAGACCUGCUGAUAGACUGUCGUAAACAUAUCAGCAAUGUGGCUCGAUUAUUGAAAAUGGUAGCAACAGGAGCAACUCAGCAAGCCGCCAUUAUGACAGGUAGUGUUGAUAUAACAAUUGUUCUUUUAUGGGGUUGAAUGGUAACAUAAAUGUAAAGAAAAAAUGUCAAAUAAUGAUUGAAUGUUAUUAUUACAUGUAUCAAUAUCAAUGUGAUGAAUGGUAUUAAGAUGAAAUAGUUAUAUAUUUUAAAAAAGAUUCAGUAAUUAUUUGCAAAGGUGAAAACUCUAUGUCCUCUUUAUGCAAGUGUUUCGUUUAAUAAACAUUUAGAUUUAGAAUACCGUUAGCUGCGCAAUAUUAUCAGAAAAUAUAACAAUUUUGACAUAUCAAGCUUUUAACUUCGAUACAUUAAAAAUGUGCUAUGUAUUAUACUAGUUUUCUUAAGCAAAUUAAUUGAGCUUUUUAAUUUAUUUGCAAAAAAUUUAAAGAUUCUUUGCAUCUUAACAAUAAUAAAAGUUAUUUAUUUUUUAAAAUCUAUAAAUAAAUAGUAAAUUAAAUUUAUGAUAAAACUUUAUCAAUGUUUUACUUAUGUAUGCCAUAAGAUAAUUCUACACUCAUGAGAAAGAGAUAUGGAACUGUAGUUGCAUCAUAGAUAAAUAAUAUAAUAAAUUUAUCUUUUAAAAAAUAACCUAGUACAUUUUUAAAAAUGAAUAAAUUUGGCAUUUUCGGAUUUGUAUUGUUAUUACAGAAAAUAAUUAACUCACAUUUUUUACACUGAAAAAUAAGCAUCAUAAAUUUAGAAAUUGGUGAGUUAAAACUAGUCAUACUGGGUAUUUAUUAUUCAAGUGGCAUUGUCCAGUCUUUGUCUUAAAUAAAUAGAAACUAUCCAUGUGUUUUGUGAAUCAAAGAUCUUUUAUUAGAAAUUUUAAUUUUGACAAGCUGAUUGCUUUUUGAGAUAAUUAUUAUUGCACCCACUCUGUUCUUUCUUUCAAAUAGACAAGGUUGCAAAGUUAUUAAAGCAUAUUAUAUAUUGCUUAAGAUAAAUCAGUCUGAAAGUAACAUGACUGGAGUGGAAGAAGGAAUUUUGAACUUUUGUGCUUGAUAAAAGUUUUGAGUCAUAAUAAACACAAAUUUUAGGGUAACAAUCAGGAUUAAAUCAAAAUAUUUGUGGACUCCAUUGCUUCAAAAUUUGAAUGAUGAUUCAGUGGCAACUGUUAUUUUACGGAGAUGGUUUAAAAAAUGAAUUUUGUAAUCAUGCUUCAAAAUAUUAUUGAUAGUGAAAAGACCUAUCAUUACAACUUUUCUUUUCAUUUUUUCAAAAGACCUAUCAUUUACAACUUUUCUUUUCAUUUUUUCAAAAGACCUAUCAUUACAACUUUUCUUUUCAUUUUUUCAAAAGACCUAUCAUUUACAACUUUUCUUUUUUUUAAAAAGACCUAUCAUUUACAACUUUUCUUUUUUUUAAAAAGACCUAUCAUUUACAACUUUUCUUUUCAUUUUUUCAAAAGACCUAUCAUUUACAACUUUUCUUUUCAUUUUUUCAAAAGACCUAUCAUUUACAACUUUUCUUUUCAUUUUUUCAAAAGACCUAUCAUUUACAACUUUUCUUUUCAUUUUUUCAAAAGACCUAUCAUUUACAACUUUUCUUUUCAUUUUUUUAAAAGACCUAUUAACUUUUAGAAUCUUCCUAAAGAAUUGAAAUCUCAAGAAAAGUCACAAUUUCUUCAUGGCAACAAAAAUAUUUAUUCUAUUAUUUUCUUCAUGGUCUUUGAGAUCACAUUUUCAUAUUACAUUAAAUAUCAUAUUUUCAUUUAUCAUCAAGGUGGAAAACUGUGGGAAUUGGAGAAGCUUAUAGGUAAAGCAGGUUACUGAUGAGUGUUUAAAAUUAUAUUUAACUGAAACCAAGUUUGUAAGUAAGCAUGUUUGAUGGAUGAAAUAUACAAAAAAAUUGCCUGAGUUACACUUUGCUGUAGGAAUGCUCUUUCUGUGUGAUUCUUUAUUUCAAGAUAAUAUAAUAAUGAUAAUAUAUUUUUCUACCGAAGUAGUCUCAGGAUUAAAAGGCAUGUCAUGUUACAGCCGAUUGAAAUAUUUUAAAUUCUAACAGCACGUUGAGCUAAGUUUCUUUUUUAAGCUUUCCUGAGAAUGCGGCUUGGAUUCAGACAAUGUUUCUCCUCAACUCAACUUUACUGCAUCAUUUGUUUCUAUGUCUCAUUAUGUUUUUCCAUUUUUAAUUAGUUGUUCAAAGGAGUGUUUUUAAAUGUCCAUUUUUUGAAGUUAAAUAUGUAUAUCGUUUCCAUUGCAAAUCUAUUAUUAUUAGAUAUAGCUGUAUCAUUUAAUGAGCUUCUAGAUUCCACUUCUUUGACCAUGUGAUACUCUCUUUGAGUUAUCCAACCAUCUAUUUAUAUGUUACAGUGUGAUUGCCUGUAUUACUUUACACAGAAAUAAACUGAUUUUUUUUUUAAAACCGCUACAGUUGCAAAGAUAAUGUUAAUACAAAAUUACCCACUUAAUUUGUUAAAUAUUAAUUUAUUCCACAUUUCAGAGUCAGGUUCUAAGACAGGUACUUGGUUUAUAAAAAAACAAAAAACAUGUAUCUUAUUGUAUUCUUUUUUUUUUAAUGUAAAGUUGCAUUAGCCAUCUGUAGAUGCUUUCUAUAUCUGUAGAGCUGAGACAAGACAUGUACUGGUGGGGUUUUAAAACUGCUUCAGUCAGUCUCACUACUAUUCUGUAUCAAUUUUACUGCAUAAACUGUAGAUCAGCCUUAUUUGUCAUUCACCACAUUGUGAAUUUUUGUGCUUCGUGGAAUUAUUAACAGUUUUAUAAUGUAAGGGUUAUGGAAUACAUCAUUAUAAUAAGCUGAAUUUAGAGGUGAUUGAAAUUUCAAUUUUAACUUGGAGUUUACACAUUACCUUAUCAGGAAACCAAGAAUCUAUGAAAUACUCUUGAUUGAUACACUUAAAUCAACCUUAUGAAAACAUACACUUUUUUGUUACAAUAGUGUUUAUUUAGGCUCUGUCAAAGUGUUUUCAACAAUCAUAAUUCUUGGUAAAUGAGCUGCUGCUAUUUUAAUUUUAAAAAUUAUAUUUGGUGACAUAAAUGGCAUUUACAACACUAUAUAUAUACAAAAAAACUCAACUGUUUUGUAUAAUAUUCUUAUUCUCACGAUGAAAUCUGCUAAAAAUAGAAAUAAAUCUUCAAACCAGUGGUUCUCAACCUUCCUAUUGCUGCGACCCUUUUAAUACAGUUCCUCAUGUUGUGGUGACCCCCAACCAUAAAAUUAUUUUCGUUGCUACUUCAUAAAUAGGUGUUUUCCUAUGGUCUUAGGCGACCCCUGUGUAAGGAUCAUUCGACCCCCAAAGGGGUUGUGACCCACAGGUUGAGAACCGCUUCUUUAAACAAUACUUAUUCAAAAACAAAUGUAUUAUCACCAAUACUUAUUUCGUCCCUAAGUUAUCUGAAUUAAACAUAAUAGGAAAUGAAUCCUUGCUCAAGCUUUCAUUUUGAAUUUUAUUUUGUGGCGCACAUAAAGUGUACUUUCUAGAGGACCCAGCUCAUUAUAAGUUGCACAGUGUCAUGGAUGUUGCAGUUACAGUAAAAAAUUGAAUUUGUCAUACAUGAUUAACAACUGGUUGGGUUUUUACUCUUUACUCUUGUUCUAAUAUACUCCUGCAUGUUAGAUUAGUCAGUAUUAUGUUUAACUAAUCAUUUUUUUAUAUUAUCUAUCGUGGCGGCCAAAAAUAUAUAUUCCUUUCUUUGUAUAUACUUUCUUCCGUACAUGUUAUGUUAUUAGUUUAAUUUAUAAUGUAUGUAUAUUUAGCACCCAUAUUUUGUUAAUUUUACUUUUUGAAUCACACUAUCUUUACUGGUUUUUAUAAUACACUCCCACUGGCUGACAGAUAAUCUAACAAGAAAAUUGAAUGUUUAAUGAAACAAAGACAUUGACAAAAGGAUUUGUCCCAGUUAAAUUGACAAAAGGAUUUGUCCAAGUUAAUAUGUAAUAUUUUCUUUCUUCCAUUCAUUUAAUCUAUUAAAAAAUUGAUGGCUCCUGCUUUACUAUCUUUGGAGACCAUUUGAUAGUUCAAGUGGACAAUGCAACUAUCAAACCCACCUGAAAGUUCAAGUUUAUGUACCAUACCGGUACUCAUAUAUUUUUGUUACAGAAAAUAUGUAAAGUUGAAAUAAUUUUAGCACACCACUUUUUUUUACUUUAUUUCUUUUUAUUUUUCAAUAAUUUAUAAAAUUUUAUAGACACGGAACAUAAAAAUAGUUUUUAUAUUUAUUCAAUUAUUCAAUAGUAAUAACAAUGGUGUGAGAUGUUACAUGUACAAAUAAAGCCAAGAUCAUGAAAAUGAAAUUAUAUAUGCAUUAGGUACCCGGUACUUAUUUUCCUUUUCAUGAUUUCAGCUUUUGAAAUGUUAAACAAAUUUGAAGAAGAGUGUUUCAAUUUCAUCAUGAUUAAUUUUUAUUGUCUUUUUUUUUAAAAUAAAUAUUUAUAGCAUUUAUCUAAGGCAUAUUACUACAAUUUUUUUUAAAAUUUCAUUUCAUUAACAUUAUCAAUGUAAAUAUAGUUUUUAUUGACUAAAGAUGUUAAAAUUUAAAUGCAAUUGGCAUGUUAUAAUUAAGAUACAAACUGUGCUCAUAAACAACUGCAAUGAUUUAUCAAAAACAAAGGAUUUGAUGUUGGAGUGAAUGUUAAUGCUAAUUUAUGUUUCCCUUUGUAUGCUGACCUUACUAAUUAGUAAUGAAAAAUUAUUAAUCAACUUUAUUCAACUGAAUAAAAAUGUGCUUCUGUUUCUGUAAAUUUUGAUUGAAAAUCAAAUUUGAUUCCUAAACAGCUUGAUAAAUGCUAUGUUUAUUUAUUGCCAUGAAAUUACUAUCCUUUCUGGAGAUUUUCAAUCCUCUGACAUCACAAACUUUAUUCUUCAAAGCUUGACACUUUUUCUAUAAAUUUAAAAAAAACAAGGAUGAUCUUUUGUUUGAUAUUAUUUGAACAAGCAUGACUAUUGCAAUCUGGAAUAUUAAUGCCUUUUAGUUUCAGUUACAAACUGUUAUUAACAAAUUUAAGUACCGGUAGUAAUACCCCCCACCUUCAGCUGUUCUUUUUGGAUUGAGGCCUCAAUUUCUAUGUCAUAUUAAAAUUAGAAAAGUGAAAAAAAUCCAAUACACUUUAUAGUCUGAAACUCCUAAAACUAAAAACAGUAAUAGCAUUUCAAAUAAUGGUAUAGAAAACUUGACCCAGUUUUUUUUUGUUUUUUUACUAUUCCCUCCAAGACUUUUGAAAUUCUUUAACUUUAUAGACACUUUUCAUCUUAUUGGUAUUAUUGUGUAAAAAGUGAAUAAAGGAAAUUCAUUUUUCAAAAUUGUAUUUACUAUUUUUGCUAAUUACCUUGAGUAAUGUUAUGAUUCUGCUAAAUAAAUGGUCUUGGCAUAAUUUUUGCAGAUCGAGAAGGACUUCUACCAAAGAAAAUGGAAGAACUCGCCCAAGAAGCUGCUCAUGAAGUCUACAGUAAAGAAAACACUGAUGCAUAUGAAAGUUUGAGGUACAUAACACAUUAAUUUGAACAGAAAUGGUUUUUAAUUCUAUACUAUAAAUCUUAUAUUAGAUUUCUAAUUUAUUCUUUUUAGUUUAAAAAUUAUUUAAAUGAAUUGUAAAAAACUAUAUUUCAGAUUGUCAUUUGGAAUAGUUGUUGGCACUGUGAACAAACUUGCCAAUGCCAUGGAGAAUGGAGAAUAUGACUUUGAUGGAACUCAUGAAAAAAAGGUAUUUUAUCUAAAGUUAUUUCAGACAUUGAUUGUGUUCACUAUAAAAAAAAAUUUUUUUUUAAAAACCAACAAAAAAAACCUUGCUGUUCCUUUCAAAACUGAAUAAAACUGUAGACUCAUUGUUUGUUUAAACAAUGGACAAAGCAAGAGGACCUGAUGUAUUUUAUUUAUGGAUUGUGCUCAGCUUACUGCUUAUUGAAUUUCUCAAUCUGUCCUUGUUAAAGCAACAGUUUUAUUAAAAGCUACAGUCUUUAUCAUUGCUAUAUUUUCUUUUACUCUCUAAAUUAAAGAAACAAGCCCCGCUAAAGCAAAGGGCAGAGGCAAUUAAGUCUCAGGCAUCAGAUAUUGAAGCUGUUAAGCAAAAGGUGGAUUUAAAAGAAGACGAAAUUAAAGAGUUGAAGAAACAACUGAAAUUAAAGGUAUUUUCUUUCCAAUGUGUGUAAUCUGUUCUUUUUACCAUUUUUUCAAUAACACAAUUUUUUAAAGUGAUUAAGUUGAACUUUUUAUCUGAUGAGAUAAAAAAUUAAUUGUAAAAUUUAAAUGAAUGUUUCCCAUUCCAGUCAUUUCUACCCCAAAACCUGUAUAUAGUGUUAAAAAAAUUAUGUGUCUAAACCAAUCUGCUUGCCUUUUUUUAAAGCAAGAGGAGAUGAGUGAGCAGCAAAUACGCAUCGGUCUUGUUGAGAAGAAACUGGAAAACAAACAUAAAGAAAAUGAGGAUGAACUUAACAAACUUCAGCGGAAACUUGACGAUGUCGCUCUUACACUAAAAAAGAAAGAAAAGUAUGUUCUGUUUUGCAUUCAGAUUACAUUAGCUAAGUUGUUAGGUCAUCAGUUUCAUAAGCUGAAGAAAUGGAGAUUGCUUUAAAUUUUAGUCAUCCCAUUUUGGCCUGGAAAGUUUUGCGAUAAAUUAAAAUAUAAUUAAAUUUUUUUAAAUUUUAACAUUUUUUUUAAUGCAAUAUGGGGGCUUAUUGUAAAUAAAAAUAUUAAUAGGGUCUUGUUUUAUUAUUGGGGUCACAGUUUUUUACCCCUCAGUUUUCUUAAUGAGGUUUUGUAGUAAUUUCACUGGCUACUUAUUUUAAACAGGGAGUUUGAGGAAGCUUACGAUGCCUUACAGAUGGACAUAGAUACCCUGGAACAGGAAAAGACAGAGUUGAAAGAACGUCUUAGAGUUCUGUCUAAGAACACCCUUUUGCAAAAUAUGUCAAGGCAAUCUUCAGGGCAAGGAGGUAAUUCAGAACAUAGACACUCCUACAUAAACAUAUAAAAAAAAUCUUGUUUACCAUUUAAAACUGGUGUAAAAUGACUAAAUAGAAGAAAAUAAGAUAAUAAGAGUAAUAACUAAUAUGCUAUAUAGACUAGAGAGUAUGAAAUAUUUUUUAACAAAAAUGUAUUCCAUGUUCUGGUAAAUUCCCUUUGAGAAAAAAUAAUAUUUGAAAGAUCUUAAAGACACAAAUUUGACUUUUUCAAUUGCAAACAAAGCCGCACUAGGUCCAAACACAAAUCUAACUGGAGUGUCAGGUACACAGGAAUCACCAUUACUUGCCCAACAAGUGAGUACUGUAAGCUUAAUAGAAAUUAAAAUUCCAUGUAAGAAAUAAAGUUAAUUCUUGUUGUCUUGAACAAUUUUGUCGUAAGUAUUACAUUAUGAUAAAUGUCUCCCCAGGAUUUAUUUUAAUGCUACGCACAAUGAACUUUGGGGGGGUUACAUCAGAAAAUACUGAUGUCAUACAAGACUUCAUGCCGUGCAUAGGGGGAGGAGUCGUAUCACUGCCAGUUGAGUCAUAGCAAUCAAAUUCUUUAUAGUCAAGUUUUUUUUCAAGAAUGGGGUGUUUAAUUAAAAAUUAUUGCCUUAUGCUCUUCAGUGUGGUUGUAAUACUGUUACCGGGAGGGUAUGUAUAAUUUAAAUGAAAAAAUAAUUAAGUGCCCUUUUUUCAGGUAGUGGCCUUGAGAGAUGCUUUGCAGUACAAUAAGCAAGAACUAAUUCGUUUGAAGGCAGAACGAAUGAAGGUAUCAAUUGCUGAACCUGUAUAGGAAAAUUGUAUUAUUUAGUUCUUAUUAUUUUAAAAACUUUCUAAAGUACCGGUAAGUCAUAAAUAUUAAACUCUUAAUUACCCAGGACACCACAAUCACCUAAUUUGAAAAUUAUUUUCAUUAUUAACUAGAUAUUACCAGUGUUGUAAAUAUUUUUGUUUUAAUGUCUGAACUCUGCUAUAUUCAGAAACCCUUAUUUUAUCCCUUUGUUAAAAUUACAUCUAUGGAAGAACUUGUUAUUAUCUGUGUUUCUCUUUUACUGCAAUCUUUGUAAAGAGUGCUUAAUAUGUAAUUUUUAUAGAAACAAAUGGCUUCUCUGCCACCAUUGAAUGUACCCAAGAAGCCAACAGGUCUGGCAAGUACAACCGGAGCUGUUGUUAUUGGAGAUGUCCCCGAUGGUUCAAAAACCGAUCUUAGCAAAUUACUAAAAAGAACAAAAGACUUGCUUUCCGUAUGUCUGAUAGCUAUCAUAUGAAAAGUAGUGAAGUUACAGUACAUGAAUCUUAAUCUGAAGUAUUUAUACCCUGUUGUUAAAUACAUUUAUUGCUUAGUCUUUUCAGUUUUUAUUCUGUAAAUGAGGGUAUGAUGGGUAUAGUUUUAGUAGCAUAAAGAUUUACAUGUCUUAUCACCGGAUUUCUGUUGUAUUUAUCUGUCCCAAGAUCAUGUAGAGAUUUUGUAACAAAGUUAAAUAAGUAUAAAUUUGUUUCUUUUUAUAAGGAAAAACUACUAGUGAAAUAAUUCUAAUAUUAAUAAUUGUGUAUCUACAGAGUGCAAAUAAUUUGAGUGCUUGUCCUCGUAUAGUUGAUAUUUCAUCAAGAAAACCAGGUUAGUGAACUUCAUAUUGUCAAGGGUAGGGUGUGAAAAGAGGGACAACAAAAUUUAAUGUAUGUGUAUGGUUAUAUUAUUGUAUUAAAUAUAAGGCGGAACCAGGGAAUACUUUGAAAAAAUAUGCGCACACUGAUAUAAAACCACUGUCACUUUGUGAUUCACUGCACAUCACCUUCUAACGCAUUGUCAUUCAGGGAGCAUAGCAUACUAACUAUACUACACCAGCUAUUGUUUUGGAUAAACAUUCUACUGUAAAAAAAUAUAACAUUACAAUUUUUAUAUUUCAUUCCUUUCUUUAUGCCUCUUCUAUGAAUGAGUCAGCUAUGAGUGGUUUAGAGAAAAAGUAUGCAGUUGUGCUUUAAAUAUCCUAUUUAACUUAGUAUGAAAUCUACUGCUAAUCAUCAUUGAGCUUUACAGGAAGAUUUGAUAACAGUCAAUUACUUUACUUUAUGAUAGAGGGCUUUUAUUUUUAUACUUGCAAAUCUGUGUACUAAAAUCUACUAUUAGUACUAUUAGUACUGACUUGGGGAGCUAAAAUUUUGAAACGAACAAAAAUUAAAAUGUCUGCCAUCAGACUUAAGUGUAAAACACCCAAUUUUUUGUGUUGAUGUUCGCUGAAGCAGUGUGCAAGCCCUAAUUGUGGUGCAGACACUCAAUUUGAAAACGAAGCUAAUAUUAACAUAAAAUGAUAAACCCAAAAACUCAUGCCUAUUAUCUUGUUUUAGGUUCUACACCAGUUACGGACAAUGCUGGACCUAUGAAACAAUUAAUAAACAGAACUGCGGAACUGACUACUUUAGAUAAGUACACACAAGAGGUAAGUCCUUAAUCAUAUUCAUCGAAAGUAAUUUUUAUAAAUAUGACUAAGGGUCUUGAGUAUUUUUUUAAUACACUCGAACCCACUUAUCUUGACCUCGGUUAAUUCGCCAACCCUUUUAAGUUGGACAUUUUUUAAGUGGAACUGCGUAAUUCUCUCUUUGUCUUAGCAUUUUCUCAUCGGUUGUGUCGUUCUUUUAUGUUGCCGAACCCUCGAGCACAAAAGGGGGCAAAAUUUCCCAUUUAACGGUCGGUUAUCUCGAUCCCCAUGACCAAUCGCCGGCUUUUGAACUCCGCAAGAAGAAAUAGCAAACAACAAAUAAAUAAGUUUUGCAUAAUUAAAAAUAAUAAUUUAUUUCUCAAAAUUCAGAAGUGAAAGAAUCCCUAUAUUAGGUGUCAAGGGAAGGUGCGGGUGAGAAAUCGCCGGUAAUUUCAAGCAAAAUUUGUUAUUUUCCUGACCUACUUUGUGUAUCAUGUGAUCUUCUUCUUCUUCUAUAUCUUAAGGGCCCACGAUCAAUUUAUUGAUCAUUUUGAUCUAGCCCUGACCUUUGAAUAAAAUAAGCAUUUUGAUUGGUUCCUGUGUGGGAAUUCUGUUUUUAAUAACUACUUCCUAUCGCUUCAUCAAAAAAUUUAAGGCAACGCUGUUGUGUGAAAAAAAAAAUCUAAAAAAUGUACAUGUACAUUGCAUUUAAUAACGCACAUCAUGUACAUAAAGAAAUUUCAAGCACAUGUUAAUAUAUUGCCGCAAAAUUGGUUUUCGUUUAUCUCCAUAUCGUUUAUCUCACCGCUUUUUGACAAACCCCUAGGCUGGCGACAUAAUCGGGUUCAACUGUUCCUUAUUAUUGUUGUCAAUGAACUUAUUUAGUUUAUGAAAAAGGUUGACAACCGCUGCUUGAAGAUAAACUUUAUUGAAUCAACCUUUCUAUUUCUAUCAUAAAAAUAAAAGAGUUUAAAUUGUAAUUUACACAUUUAACUUAACCAAAUAAGUCAAGUACUGGUAUUUAAUAGCCUAAUCUUGCUGUUAUCUUUCAUUUUGUAUGCUCCAUAGUUAUUUUAGUUUAAGCCUCCUACUUUACCUUCUCCUAUUUGCACUGUAUUGUCACUUCCAGCUCCAGGUUCAAAUAACUACUCUCUUGGCUGCUAAUAGAACAGGUGGUCAAGUGCGCACAGAUUUUUCUACUUUCCCAACACCACAAUUUGCUAAGGUAUGUACUCCAGCUUUGAAACCAAACUUCAUGAAAUAAUAGUAAUAAUACUAAUAGUCAUUUUUAAUUUACCAAAUAAAGUAUUGUUAGUUAUCAGGAAUACUUAAUUUUUCUUUGAAUAUCUCUCAUAGUUAAAUGUUUGCUGAAAUUAUUUCAAAUUCAAUUUUUGUUGCUGCUGAUAUAAUUUUAUACCGGUACACUUAACAUAUUUAUUUUAAAUAUUUUAUAUAAAUCAGAAAAAUGUCGUAGGUAUAAUUUAUCUGGUCCCGGAACUAAAUGUUACAAACAUUUACAUACUGGUAUAAACAAAAAUCCUUUUCAAUAUCAUUUUUUCCAGAUGUUGCACGAGAAGACAAGCAACAGUGUAAAAAUAGGAAGUAUUCAAAUCCCUGUUAGUAGUGGUAAAGGAGCUGUCAUUCCUAUCAAUAUCCAGCCUGACCAGUUCAGGCAUAUUCACCAAAAAUUAAUUAUGUAAAAACAUUUCUUUCUCUUUUUCCAAAAUCAUGUACCCCGGUAGUUAAUGUUAAAUUUACUAUGAAAUAAUACAUUUUUUUUCAAAUUCUUUGCAUUUACCUGUUAGAGAUAUGAAUUAUUCAACCUUUGUACUCACUGAAACCAGGGACACUUUAAAUGUUGUUUGUGUUGUACAGAAAUAAAAAUUAGUUAAAUCUGUUUGAUUUAGUAAUUGAAUUUUUCUCUUACAUUGAUGAAAAAGCUUGGUUAUAUUUUUGUCUCUUCUUUUCAGAGUGUUUAUUCAUCUAGAUCAUUUAGUUUUGCAAAUAAUAUUGAAGAAGUCAAAUUGUAUGUCAGUGCUAAUUAUUGUCCAAGAGUAUAUUUUCAGACUUUUUCUUUCUUUUUUUUUAACUGAUAAGUACCGUAUCUCAGAACUUUGAAUUAUUUGAGAACCCAUGCUUUUCGACUUAUGGGGCUCUUUGUAAUAAUGAAAGUCUGAUUUCUUAAAUUUAAACCCUUUAAACAAAUACUUUAUUUAUUAUUUGGAAAGUUGGAAUCUGCGACAUAUUACAUUUUGAAUAUUAUAUCGUUGUAUUUCAAUAUUACAUUUUAAAUAUAGUCUUACUUCCUAUCAUUUUAACUUAGUAGGUAGGAGGUUUGAAGACUUACGAAACAUUUUCGCUUGUUAUAUUUCAUCAAAUAAAGAACAAAAUAAUAUAAAUCUUCAUCAUUUGAUUAGAAAUCUUUUAAUGCAUUAAAAUUAUUUGGUAAUAUUUUUAAAAAUGAUAUUUACUGGUACCUUAUAUAAAAGUUUAUCUUAUUAAUGUCUAAUGUGUUUCAAGGAGCUAUUUCAGGUUUUUACAGUUUAUUUUGCACUGUCAUACUCUGAUGUUAACUAAUGCUUCCCUCCUGCUCCCCCCAACUCUUAGUUAAAUAAAUGAUUAAAUUAUUGCAAAUGACAAUUUAACUUUCCCUUUGUAGUUGUGCUACGUUAAAUUAUUUGUUUAAGAAUAAUAAAUUAAAAUUACUUUAUAAGCUGUGGUCACCGUGGGUAAAGUGCAAUGCUCUAUUACUAUUAGAUUUAUUAGGUUAUACAAUUUUAAAUUUAAAUCUUGAUCCAGUAGAGUAGUAGUAGUGUAAGGUUUUGUGGAGAAUUUUCCAAGAAUAUCUGCAUUUGUUUUUCAUUAAUUUUGUUGUACUAAUUACUUUAGUAAAUCCAAUCAUUUAUGAAUCAUGCAUGGUGUUUUUUGUUUGAAAAGUGAAGACAUUAAUAUGAGCUUGAAUAUUUUUUUUUAAGUCAACAUUUUGCUCCCUAGAUCAUAAGCUUUGGAUUAACUUAAUGUCUGAAAACCAACCAGUGUUUUUUUUAAAAUUAGUAUUCUAUAUUUUAAAUUCUACAAAGAAAUGAAUUUGAAAUAACUUGUUUUCAGGAUGUGAGGUGGUAGCUUUAUAUUCAAAAAAAUCCUUUUUUUUUCUUGUAUAUGAAUCUGGGUUAGGUUUAUUGUAGUUAAUCCCCUACGCUUUGUGAUAUCAAUAAAAUGGUAAUAAUAUCA